CUCUCUCUAGUUUCUAGAGAGAAAGGAAGCAGGAAAGAGAGAGUAGUGGACUCACUAUUAACGCCGAAGCGACCGUUAUUCUGGGGUAUGACUUGAAUAGGCGCCGGCAAACCAUCAGUACAGAGGCAUCUGCCAUUAAAGUCUCUGAUUUGAUUGCCUCAACCCCUUUCCACUCCACCGUCACCGGAAAACCACCCUUCUCCAAAAACCGGUUUUUGGUUACCAGGACCACAUACGAAACCCCCUCUCCCUCUCUCUCUCUCUAACACACCAAAACUAAGCCCCCAACCCCUAAAAAAUCAAAUCCAAAUCCAAAUCCAAAUCCAAAGUCCGUUCUUCUCUCUCUCUCUCUCAGGCCCAACCCUUCAAAACUCAAGACCAAACCUCUUCAAAAAUCUCUCUCUCUCUCAUAACCAGAGACCCAACCCCUACAAAAAUCAAAAUCCAACUUGGUUCGGCCCCCCUCUCUCACUCGAGUUUCUCUCUCGUUUUGUCUGUAACAAAAACCCGAUUUCGACAAGGCAUUUUGCAGGGGAUCCAUGGUUUUCCGGCAAUCUCUCAAUUCCCAUCUAGACCCCGGCGCUCAAGAGUUCCGACCUACCUUGCCCCCAAAUCUCCAGCCCCAAUCCAUACAAGUCCGAGAAUCCCAUCAAGGUCAAGCUCAUCAUUCCCAGCAUGCGCACCAAGCUCAAGCCCACCAGGCCCAAGUCCUGGCCCAUUCCCAAGCUCCAGGGGUCAUGGCAAUGGUGCAGCAGCCGAUUUACUACUCCUAUCCCUACAGUUCUGUCAUGCCUGUCUAUGGUUACGGGCAGGCCGGCGGUGGCGGCGGUCAUUUGGCAAGGGAAGGAGCGACACGCACCCUGCUGCUUAGCUCGGUGCCUGUAGAUGCAAGUGAGGGAGCUUUGAGGCGGGAAUUGGAGGUUUAUGGGCCGCUGAGGGCGCUGCAUAUGGAGAGGGUGCGGGAGGGUUUGGUGGUUGUGCAUUACUACGAUCUACGGCAUGCUCAGCGCGCUCUAGCAGAGAUACAGGCCCAGCAUGUGGCUCACCAGGCACGCAUUGCUAUGUGGCAUAGGGCGACUGUGGCGGGGCAAGGGUUUGGGCAUGGGGUUGGCCAGGGUCAGGGGCAUGGGGUGAUAUUUUGGAGGGGAGUGUGGGCCCAGUAUGUGGGGGCGGGGUGGGGAGGCGGCAGAGAGGGGGAGAAUCAGGGGACGCUGGUGGUAUUCAAUUUGGCGGAGGAGGUCACCAUGGGGAACCUCAAGGAGAUUUUCGAGGCUUUUGGUCCCGUGAAAGAGCUUAGAGAAACUCCAGCGAAGCGCCAGCACCGCUUUGUCGAGUUCUUCGACAUAAGAGAUGCGGCCAAGGCCCUGACCCAGAUGAACGGCAAAGAAAUUGCUGGAAAGCGCCUCAAGAUUGAAUUCAGCCGCCCCGGUGGCCAUGCCAAACGACAUCCAGCAGCUGGGAUCCUCCCCCAUGGUGGCGACGCCACCGUCCCUUCAACACAAAAUGCCCAUUUUACACCUACAUGUUUUCCACAAAAUCGACCCAUAUACCCUCACCCUUCCCCUCCUCGGUGCGUUAUCAACCGUCCUGAAAGACCAUUAUGGCAAAACACAGGGCCUCCUGUCUCAUGUGGCAGUGGGUUUCCUUCAAGGAGUGGCGGAUUCCGGCCAGUUUCCAGGCGAAAUGGUGCUGCCUCCGCCUUUUCAAGUGGUGGCUCCGCCAAGUUUACCGCUGGUUCUUCUAGCUCCAGAAGUGGUUUUAGAACUGGUGAUAAUAAUAAUUUUAAUAUGGGGAAGAGAGGGAGGGGAGAUGGCAGCAGUUUUGGUGUUCAAGGAGGCGCCACCACCACCACUGAGCGACACCACCAUGGGCCCAAGUUUCUUGGCGGAGGAAGGGGCGCAGCUCAGGCCAAAGGGGAAUCACGGUUUAGGUUCGACGAGGCUACGGCCGAGUCGAACUCCAGUGAUGCGAGGACAACGUUGAUGAUAAAGAACAUCCCCAAUAAGUAUAGUCAGAAGCUUUUGCUGAACAUGCUGGACCAGCACUGCAUCAACUGCAACGAGAAUGCCACUGGUGACGAGCCAUUAUCCGCAUAUGAUUUCGUCUAUUUGCCCAUUGAUUUCAAGAACAAGUGCAACGUGGGGUAUGGGUUCGUGAAUUUUACAUCGCCCAAGGCCACAUGGAAGCUCUACAAGGCCUUCAACGAGCAACGAUGGGAGGCUUUCAACUCUCGCAAAAUAUGCCAAGUCACCUAUGCCCGACUCCAGGGCUUGGAGGCGUUGAAGGAACACUUCAGGAACUCGAAGUUCGCAUGCGACAUCGAUGAAUAUCUCCCCGUCGUCUUCUCCCCCCCUCGUGACGGCAAAUCCUUGACCCCGCCCCUCCCUAUCUGCGGUCACAAGAUCCGCCGCCCAUCGCCACCUCCUCCUCCCUCUACCGCCGCCUCAUCUUCCUCUGAAGAGGAGAAUGACAUGGGGAGAAGAGCAAGAGAUAGUGGGUCAUGUGCUGAUGAGGAAGAGGAAGGGGAGGCCGAGGACUUUCUUCCCACUUCGGAAGUCAUGCUCUCCCCCACCACUUCGAGUCAUCUUGUUAAGAUUGGGGAAGAGGGAGACAGUGGACAAUUUGGCAACACCACUACCUCCUCCGUGGUCACUUGCUCGCCGGGAAAUGACCAACAGCACGCUCCUCGCCCUCGGAGUUGCGCGCAGGUAAGCUGAUGGGUGCUCCAAAUCUGCAUCAGGGACCUCUCUCUCUCUGUUUGUCGUUGUAUGUCCAUGUGUUCUCCCUCUCAUUUUAUUUCUCCCCUCGCAUUUUAUCUGUUUCUAUCUAUUUCCAGCCCUCCUCUCUCCGCGGAGCUUUGUGCGCUGCAUCAUUUGUAUCUACUCUUUCUCUCUCUAGACGUGUCUUAUGUAGCAUUCAUCAGUCAGUGAUAGAUGGUUGGGUUUACUUCGUUUUUAUUUUCUACGACAUCAGAAGAAUUCAACUGUUGUAUCGUGAUCAAAAUUAUACGUGAAGAAUUACCUCCUUUUCUUUUACUUUUUUUACC